UUCUACCGUCGUUCAACAGUAAACACGUAGAGACUCCUUUCCGUCUUAGAGUGGUUAAGUGGAUUAAUACAUUGAGAAAUACUUACCGAUAACAAGGAGGGAACUUUCGCCAAUACACAUGGUUUAUCCUCAGCCAGUUACAAGUCAUCCAUGCAUCUCUACUGUGUAUCGUCGGACUAAUGGGAUGUCGGACCAAUGGGCUUCUUUUUUUCGGACUAUGGCAUCAACUUCAGGAGGAGCCCUGCAGACGGCAAGUGCUACAUCAUCUUCAAGAGCAGCGAGGGGCAGCUGCGCGCGUGCAGGAACCAGUGCAAGCACCAAGGAGGCGUCUUCAUCAAGGACAUCGAGGACAUGGAUGGCAGGACCGUCCGCUGUACAAAGCACUACUGGAAGCUCAACGUGGCGACCAUGCAGUACGUCAACCCCCCCGACAGCUUCAUGCAGGAUGAACUCGAGAUCGUGUGGGCAGAUGGCCCUGAUGGUGGUCUGGACCUUGUGGAGCUGAAACCUCAUGACCCCUGGCUCACCGACCCAAAGGAGACCCAGGAGCUACAGCCCGGUGAAGUGACCUUGACAUAUCUCACUCAUGCAUGUAUGGAGCUGAAGUUGGGUGAGCGGAGGAUGAUGUUUGACCCCUGGCUGACGGGCCCUGCGUUCACUCGUGGCUGGUGGUUGCUGCACGAGCCUCCGCCCGACUCCCUGGACAGGCUGUGCAACGCUGACCUCGUCUACAUCAGCCACAUGCACUCAGACCACCUCAGUUACCCGACACUAAAGACCCUAUCUGAAAAGCGACCUGACCUGCCCAUAUAUGUGGGAGACACUUCUCGACCGGUGUUCUGGUAUCUGAAGAACAGUGGGCUGAGCCUUACCAACAUCAAUGUGGUUCCUUUUGGUGUCUGGCAAAAUGUAGACAAACACCUCAGAUUCAUGAUUCUGAUGGAUGGUGUUCAUCCUGAAAUGGACACUUGUAUAAUUGUUGAAUAUAAAGGUCACAUGAUCUUGAACACGGUGGACUGCACACGGCCCAAUGGGGGUCACCUGCCGCAUGGGGUGGACCUGAUGAUGAGCGACUUUGCUGGAGGAGCCUCUGGGUUUCCCAUGACCUUCUAUGGAGGGAAGUACACUGAGAGCUGGAAGGCAAACUUCAUCCGGACGGAUAGGAGGAAGCUGCUCCAAUAUAAGGCCCAGCUGGUGAAGUCGCUGCAGCCCAAGAUCUACUGCCCAUUUGCUGGCUACUUCACAGAGGCGCAUCCCUCUGACAAAUAUAUUAAGGAGACCAACAUCAAAAACAGCCCAGAGGAUCUCAACGCUCAGGUCAGGAAGAACAGUCCCGACAUCCUCACCUGGACUCCCACACCUGGGGCUAUGCUGGAUCUGGGUAUAGCACUGAAGCAUCCCUCCACUGGGAGUGCCAUAACAGAGCCGCCAGCUGGAACAAAGGUGUUUAAAGACAGCUGGGACUUUGACUUGUAUGCGGGAGAGCACAACAAUGCCAUUGGUGAUGACAUUUUUAAACACAGAAGCUGGAUCCCAUUUUACUACAACUGGGCAGGCUUUAAAGACUACAACCUUGUCAUUCGGGUGAUUGAAACGGAUGAUGAUUUUAACCCUGCUCCUGGGGGCUAUGACUACUUGGUGGACUUUCUGGAUUUGUCCUUCCCCUCCAAGCGCCCAAACAGGGAGCACUCUUACCUGGAGAUGAAGAACAGGGUGGGAGUGAUGAGGAACGUGGUGAAGAAUGGUCUGUUGUGGGAUGAUCUGUACAUCGGCUUCCAGAACCGACUCAGCAGAGAUCCCGAUGUUUAUCACCACAGAUUUUGGAACCACUUCCAGGGAUACCUGCCUACCUCCAGUCCUGAUUGGGCCUCCUUCCUUCAACAGCCACUGGAUGCAAACGAUCCUUAGGGUUCCAUGUGUGUGAUGUCAUGACAACCUCUGGGAUUGCUUCCUGACAACCCCCAACAGAGUUCGAGCAGAGUAGACACAUAAGUUCAAAUCACAAAGGAAGAAACAUCAGCCACC